UGUUCGGUUAUCUACUCUAAUUCAUAAAUUUGAAGUGUUGGGAUUGCUGUCCAUUGGUCUCUUGAUCUCAUCUUUGCUGGAGGUUAUCUGUAUGUACUACCAUUUAUCAGAUAUCAUUCAGGGAAAUUUGAUGGUCAAUUCGAACUGAUCACUUUCUGUAUUAGCGGGAAGUCGAACAUGAAUCCGAACUAAUCACACUCAACCUCUUCAGUUGGUCAAUCUGUCGCGAAAUUUUGUAACAAAACAAGAAUUAUAUAACGAAGAUUGUACUCUGAAGCAACUCCUCGUACCUCGCGAUUCUUCAUGUGAACCUCCGACGCUGUUCAUGCACUCCGUAUAGCCACUUUGGAAUGGUGAUCAGAAGAUUAUCGGCUCUCUUGAGAGCAUGCACUUCGUUGACCCGGGGCAAAGUCAUUCAUCAGAAGGUAAUAUCUCUGGGCCUUCGUAAUGACGCCGCCUUGUGCAAAGACCUCGUAAACUUCUACUUCUCCUGCCAUUCAUGCCACACUGCGAAGCUCGUGUUUCGCACCGCUGAGGUUCCGUCAGACGUGUCGGUCUGGAAUUGCCUCAUGGCUGCUUUCGCCAAGAACCGCAUGUUCUUUGAAGCCCUUGACCUUUUUCAAGAGUUGUUGGUCGACCCAUUGGUGGAACCGGAUGUUUAUACGUACCCAAGUGUUUUGAAGGCGUGUGGCGGUUUGGGAAGAGCUGGUUCCGGCCAAAUGAUUCAUUGUGGAUUGUUGAAGACUGGGUUUCUUUUGGAUGUGGUCGUCGCCAGCUCUGCUGUGAGCAUGUAUGCGAAAUGCAAUAUGUUUCAACAAGCGACCUGGCUGUUCGAUGAAAUGGCGGAGAGAGAUGUGGCGUGUUGGAAUGCUGUGAUUUCUUGUUAUUAUCAAGAUGGGCAAGCGGAGAAGGCUUUGGAAUAUUUCGAAAGAAUGAAAGAUGCUGGGUUUGAGCCUAAUUCAGUGACUCUGACCACUGCAAUCAGUUCGUGUGCUCGGCUUGUGGACCUAGAAAGAGGGAGGAAGAUUCACGAGGAGUUGGUCAAAAGUCGAUUUAAAGUUGACGGUUUUGUCUACUCUGCUCUUGUCGACAUGUACGGCAAAUGUGGAUACUUAGAGACCGCUAGAGAGAUAUUCGAACAAAUUCCUCAGAAGAAUGUGGUUGCCUGGAAUGCAAUGAUCACGGGAUUUAGACUAAAGGGUGAUAGUGGAUCCUGCAUUGAACUCUUUAAAAGGAUGAUCGAAGGAGGAGUUAAAGCAUCGUUGACUACCUUAAGCAGUGUGCUUGCAGCUUGUUCAAGGUCAGCCCACCUGCUACAUGGAAGAUUCGUGCAUGGUUAUAUAAUCAGAAGUGAAAUCGAGGUUGAUAUCUUUGUCACCUGUUCACUUAUAGAUUUAUAUUUUAAUUGUGGAAGGGUUACUUUGGCAGAAAAUUUAUUUAGGGAUAUGGAAAAGACGAAUAUUAUCUCUUGGAACGUUAUGAUGUCAGGAUAUCUGAAGGUAGGCAAUUACUUUGAGGCUCUUCGCAUGUUUGAUGAAGUGAAAACAGCUCGUGUUGCACCAGAUGCUAUCACUUUCACUAGCAUCCUGUCGGUUUGUUCCCAGCUGGCAAGCUUAGAAAAAGGUAAGGAGAUCCACAAUUCUGUGGUGGAGAGUAAGUUUAGCAAAAAUGAGAUAGUCAUGGGAGCGCUUCUUGAUAUGUAUGCUAAAUGCGGUGCUGUGGAUGAAGCUAUUCAAGUUUUCAAGCAAUUACCAAAGAGGGAUCUGAUGUCAUGGACUUCUAUGAUCACUGCUUAUGGGUCCCAUGGUCAAGCUUUUGAAGCUCUGAAUCUUUUUGCUAAAAUGAAGCAAUCCAAUGUUGAGCCAGAUCAGGUUACUUUCCUUGCCGUAUUAUCAGCUUGUAGCCAUGCUGGACUGGUCGAUCAAGGUUCUUACUAUUUUGACAAGAUGGUCAAUGUGCAUGGUAUUAAACCCGGCAUUGAACAUUAUGCUUGUCUGAUAGAUCUCCUUGGACGUGCUGGAAGAUUACACGAGGCUUACAGAUUCCUGCAAAGAGCCCCGGAAGUUUCUGGAAAUCUUGAAUUGUUAAGCACUCUGUUCUCAGGAUGCUGUUUGCACAGAGAUCUCGAAUUAGGAGAGGAAAUUGCGAAUGCUGUUGCUAAAACAAAUCCAGAUGAAUCGUUUAGUUAUGUCAUGUUAUCAAACUUAUAUGCUUCUGCCAAGAGAUGGGAUAGAGUACGUGAGGUGAGAUCAAAAAUGAAAGAAUUGGGAUUGAAGAAGAAUCCUGGAUGUAGCUGGAUUGAGAUUGACCAGAGGAUUCAAUCUUUCUUUGUGGAAGAUAAGUCAGUCCCGCUAGCUGAAAAGGUGUAUGACUGUCUCAUGCUUCUUAGUAGUCAAAUGGAAGAGGAUGAAUUUGCUCCAUGAUGAGAUAAUUUUCAUGCAGAAUCUGGCUUCUAAUUGUGCAUUUUAAGACAAGACUUAGUGGACAAUUACUCCCAUUCUUCCUUUUGGAAGACUUGGUGGUAGAUCAAGGAGGGUAUUUAAGUUUUUUGUCACAGUUAAA